UGAUUAGAUGUGGUGGAUGGGGGACCUUGGUUAAACCCCCUUUGUAGAUUCUUGCUAAAAUUGGGCAAUUCAGAGACAGUCAUGGAAGUCCAAGGUCGAGGCCUCUUCGUGAUGAGGAUUCAGAGGGGCCUAGCUGGUCUCUUUGUCAGUCCCCACACCCCAUCCUGUAAGCCACAAACCCAUCAAAGACUUGUGUUUUCAUCAUUGAACCUGCAGCACCUGGAUUCCUGUCUGCCAUUGGAGGAGGCAGUCGGAAGAGUCUUCUGGGCAGCGGAAGGCUUGGGGUGAAGGUGCAGGCCCCCUGUGUGACAGCUGUGGGCUGCACUGAUAUCCUUUCCACCAACGUGUGCUCCUGUUUCUUCUGGUCAGCUGCAAAAGAGGGGCACUGGCUGCUCCUGAAGCCACGCUGGCAGGGGCAGUCUCCUCGCACAGCCUCUGCAGCCGCUACUGCUGCGUCUGUGGGUGUGAAAGUGAACUACUAUUCAGAUCAAGAAUGGAAUGUAUGCAGCUCUCCAGAAGGUUCCUUCUACCUCUUCCCCAUCAUUAAUUCCCCACCAAAGGUCCCCACUGUUCUUACUUCCUUCAUCAUUGGCUUAGUCUCCAAAGGCCUGGCCAAGCUGGUGUUCGGGUGGGUCACCUAUGGGAGGCCAUAUGCCACUCCCUUUCCCUGUUUCUGAGGAGGACAUCUCUCACCACCCGAGCUGCUGGCCCUGGAGCAGAACAGAAAGUGAUUCCUGAGAGACAGAAUCAUCAUUUUUGGUAAACAAGCCCAGAACCUGAGAGUAUGGAAUGUUGUAUGCUGACAGCUCUUUGAAACAAAUUUCCUCUUGGCAUUUACCCUGCGGCUUAGCUUCUUACCCAGCAAAAAAUGGCUUGCUCGAAGAUGCAGUGGAUGUGUAUUUGCUUUCUGGUUCUGGGGGCCCUUUGUUUGUAUGUUAGCAUGUACACUCUGAGUCCUGAGGAGAGGAGAGGGAAGGAGAGGGGAAAACAAUACUUAGUUUUCAAGAAAGACGACAGGAAGUUCCUUCAGGUCCCAGAUGUGGACUGCAGGCAGAAUCCCCCCUUCCUUGUCCUGCUGGUGACUUCGUCCCUUGGGCAGCUGGCUGCUCGCACGGCCAUCCGCAAGACGUGGGGCAGAGAGAGGAUGGUGAAUGGGAAGCCUGUGAAAGCAUUCUUCCUCCUGGGGACCACAGCCACUGAGGCCGAGAUGAGGCUGGUGGCCCAGGAGAGCCAGAGCUACAGGGAUAUUAUCCAGAAGGACUUUGCGGACACCUAUUACAAUCUGACUCUGAAGACCAUGAUGGGCAUGGAAUGGGUCCAUGACUUCUGUCCUCAGGCCUCGUUUGUGAUGAAAACAGACUCAGACAUGUUUAUAAAUGUCAACUAUCUGGUAGAACUACUCUUGAAGAAAAACAGAACCACUAGGUUCUUCACUGGCUAUUUAAAACUGAAUGAAUUUCCCAUUCGGAAGAGGUUUAAUAAGUGGUUCAUCAGCAGAUCCGAAUAUCCGGGUGACAAGUACCCACCAUUCUGCUCGGGCACCGGCUACGUCCUUUCUGGCGACGUGGCAAGUCUGGUGUUCAACGUCUCCAGGACCGUCCCCUACAUCAAACUAGAAGACGUGUUUGUCGGCCUCUGCCUGGCGAAGCUGGGCAUCAGGCCGCAGCCGCUGCACUGGGAGCAGACCUUUUUCCCAGAAGGAUUGAAAUUUUCUGUGUGCCAGUUUAAGAAGAUCGUGGCCUGCCACUUUGUCAAGCCGGAUGAUCUUCUGAUCUAUUGGCAGGCUCUGGAAAGUUCCAAGGAGGGGGACUGUCCAGCCAUAGGGAAGCCCCAAUCCCAGGAAACUUCAGGUCUCUGAGUUCAAACCAAAGGGCACGAUCCAUGCGGGAUUCUGGGUGCUUUUCUGGGAAUUCAGCUGUAUCUAAGUCAAGAUAAUCUCACAUCUUGGACACAUCACCUUGGACACAAAGCCCCAAACAAGGUAAAACCAAAGGGCAGAAAAAUGGAGUGAGGGAGCCCAGCAUCGGAAUUCACAUUAGACAUUCACUCUUCCUCUGCCUCACUUGCUGGACGCCCAUGCUCUGACGGGACACCAGGAGUAAAGGUCGGGCUGGGGUUCAAGGCUGUGGGUUUGCACCGAGAACAUUGUCAAGAAGACUAUCAGAGGCGUCUGUUCUCUUGGCAGCUGAAAAAAGACGUGUCUGGUGCCUCCUCUCUGGCAGCCACACCUGCUGCCUCAUGGAACCCGGCAGGAGCCAGCGGAGGUCACCAUUCUUGUAACUAAACCCUGGUUCAGAGAAGGAGACUGGGUGGGAGUGACACAGUUAUUGGCCUGAGGGCUCAGACAGGUGGAGACGUAGCCCCUGGGUCUCCAAAGGCUGCCCCCAUACAUAGUCUGGCCUUUCUCCACCAGCAGGUGGUUGGUGAGUCCUCCCAAGGUGCCACCUUCCAAAGGAAGCUCCAACUUGGCCCCCUUGCCUAGUGCUGCCACCUCUUUUCCAGGUGUUGACUUGAAUCUCAGGCUGCUCCUUCUUGGUCCUGUUUACCUCCUGGAAUUUGGCUUUUCUUUUAAAAUUUUUGCUGUUGCAGUUUUUUUGUUUUUUGUUUUUGGCAGGGGCUGGGUUUGAACCCAUCACCUCUGGUAUAUGGGGCUGGUGCCCUACUCCUUGAGCCACAGGCGCCGCCCAAGGAUUUGGCUUUUCUUAUCUGUGGUAUUCCCAAGAGCCUGGGUCUCCUGACCUGUCCUGUCCUGACCUGCCCUGUCCUGGGGUCACUCAUGUUUCCAUCUGGCAGUCGAACAGACAUCUGGCUUCAGAACACAGACCUUUCCAUGCACUCCACUUUCCACCUCUCUCUACCUAAAACCCUUGCAACACCAGGCCAUGGGAUCAACACUCAGAGAGAGUGUGUGUGUGGUGGUGGGGAGAGAGAGAGAUAGCAGAGGUGCUAAGUAGAGGCACCACGCUUAGUGCCAGCUGGUUCUGAAUAACUGCCCCGCCCAAGAGUCUGUAAAGGGCAAAGAGAGCAGGGGGCCUUUUGGUUAUCUGGAUAUCAACAGCAGGUGUACCCACUGUCUAUUCAGCCAUCAAGGUGAGAGUAGGAGAGGCCUCAUUCACUCUUGUCUUUGCACAAUCAGUCGGACACUUAAUAUAUAACUGUGUGCCGCACGCCCGGCUCAGUGUGCUAGCGUUCAGCUCCGUGGUAGUGUCUCUUGAGUUCCCUUUUUCCCCUGUCCCCAGAGGAGGGACGGCUCAAGAUGUCAGAUAACCAAGAUGGAAAGGGGCUACAGGUGCAAUCCACAGUCACGUCAUCCUGAGUGCUUCCUGAACACCAGCUUUCAGGCAGAACUUUUAGAAAGAAUGAAAUAAAGUGAAACUGAUCAAACAGCCUACUGAAUAUGUACGUGUGUGUUACAAGCAAGAACUGUGUGGGCAAAACCAUUCAGAGUCCUCUUCAUGUUGCUUAGCAUCAAUACAGAAUUCCAGAAGAAAAAGAUCUGGGCUUUAGUGACUGUUGUGGGCUCCCCUUGCCAAGAAUCUACAGCUCUGUAUAUUAAAUAAUUAAUAAGCCUGACUUAAUGUAACACCUGCCAUGCAUCCUCCUUUUAAAAAAUAGAUGAGGCAGUGUUUACAUUUUUUCCUGUCACCCUUUUGGAAGUGUCUUGGCUCGUUUUGUGUUGCUAUAACAGAACACCACAGACUGAGUAAUUUAUAAACAAUAGAAGUUUAUUUGGCUCACAGUUCUGGAGUCUGGGAAGUCUAAGACCAUGGUGCUAGCAUCUGGUGGGGACCUGUGAACUGUGUUAUCCCAUGGCAGAGGGUGGAAAGAUUAGAGCAUGCUUACAAGACAGCAGAGCUGGCUCCUGUGAUAUUGCCCCUGUGACAAUGACAUUAAUCAAUUAUUAGGGGUCCCACUUCUCAACACUGUUGCAUUGGGGAUUAGGUCUCCUACAUGUGAGCUUUGGGGGACACAAACCACAGCAGGAAGUAUUUGCUUUCUGAUUUUUUCUCAUCCUUCUAAUUUUCAGCAUUUGUCAUAUCAGGACUGAUGUUUUAGCAAACCAUUGAUGACCUUGGCUAAAUUCUGCUUUGGAAAAUGUCAGAUGGGGGCGGUGCCUGUGGCUCAAGGAGUAGGGUGUCGGCCCCAUGUACUGGAGCUUGUGGGUUCAAACCCGCCCUGGUCAAAAACUGCAAUAACAACAACAACAAAAAUGUCAGAUGGGGGAAGAGUUGACUUGUUUUACCCUGUCAAACAAUAAAUCAAUGAAACCUACCAUAACUGGAAAUUAUGUAAUGUCAACUGAAGAGAUUUUGUAGUCAAAUUCUGCUUUUCCUAAAAGACAAGAAAUUAAGGUAAAUUUAUGUCUCCGAAUGAUGUUUGAAACUAUUAUGUCUCUGUAUGUUAGGAUGAUCUAAUGGACUCUUAUGUCACCAUAUUUUGGGAGGGGUAUAUAUAUUUAUUUAUGAUUUAAUGGUAUUUAUCUUUAAUAAAAAUUAAAUUAUGAAAAUA